UCUCCUUGGAUCGUCGCUUUCAGCUUACUCUAAAUGCCGUUGUCUAUUUGUGAUUUUUGGACAUUUACCCUUCAUAAAAAGCCCUUAAAGACUUUCCACUGCUUGCUAUUACUGCCGCUCUGUUUUCAAGGUGCACUUUGUAUCACACGUCCGCUCAAGUUAUCAUUGUCUCUUUAUUUACUUUUUCCGGUGAAUCCGAGCUCGUGUAUCAAAUGAUUUACUUUUUUGCUCCCCUCUGUAAAGCACGGCGUCACCGACCAUCUAUAUUCAUAUAACCUUAAUGCUUUGUUUCUGUGAAAAAUCAGCAAAAAUCCUUGGAAUCCACUAAUGUUUUACUCACGGUCCAAAGCACGGAGCCACGAUCUGCAGGUGUUCGCCACCGGGGGGUUUUAGGGCUAAGCCAGUCUGCCGUCUACAUCACUGUCCGGACGGCAGACCACAGGGGUACACACACCGAUAGUAAUAUAGAGUAGUUUCACUGGCGGAGCGAUCAGAGAGUGUCGAAGUCUCCAGCCAGUAAGGCAGUGCUGAGAGUGUAUAAUAAGCCACCACCUAAAUUAGGGGUGCGUGCUGUUUUGCUGUCCGGCGAUUGUCGCUCAGUCUUAGAGCACUAGUACAGUGAGCUGGAGAGCUGCCAGUGGUGAAGUUCGUUUUGAGUGGUGCAAGAAUCUGUAGCCAAGGCCAGUGCUGGACGGCUUACAUGAACUAGUGCGGAUAAAUGAACGAGACGAGUGUCAAUUUAUUACGGUUGAGCACAGCGGAGACUACGUUUGUUGAUAAGUGAGCUGGUAUCUCUUGCAGAGGCUAAAGGGAUCCCUUCGAAGUCCGGCCUUUGGAUGGACGACGAUCCCUUCUAUUGGCUGCUGUUCCGUCAUAUGGCAAUGCCGUUCGACGAUAGACUAAUGGUGUAAUAAUUGUAACGUAAUUACGGGACGGACUGUCAGAAUAUCGGAGGGUUUCAGGGGCUCAUUGACAAAAUCGAAUGAAUUCGCCAGGCAGGUUGUUAUUGUGAAACGAUACUGUGCGUGUUCUAUGAACAGUGAUGUCGCUAGGAAUAAGUCACGUCUGCUAUUGCUAAUGAAAGUUGUGAUCAGCUGUUGCUACUGGCCGUACAUCGCGAUUGUCGUUUCUUUAAUGUGGAUGCGUGCGUGCAUGACUAACUUGAAAUCUAUAUAAUAGCACAUUCGUUCAACAGUAUCAGCAAAAUCGGAUUCAAAUUCAUCACUUUUUCAAUCGAGCCUAUAAUAGAAGCGGCCAGUCGUCGACAGCGAAAUUUUUCACGAUAAUCUGAAAUUACAGAAGAACAAGGCUACGAUGCUUAGAAAGUGUUUACGGGCGCAAGAGUACAAGAAGUAAAAUUAGCGCCUCAGAUUUUUUAAACUUGCCCAAUACAAGGCUCCCAAUUGGUAGCAGGAGCUUAAGGUUAGAUCCAGCAUAAUAUAUUUGAUUCGACCUUUCAAUUUUACAAAGAGAAUGCAGCAAAACAUUUGCAGAAAAACACCAGUAAGGAGACAACGUUCCUGACUACAUCGCUAAUUUUCCAGGCACCAUGUGGAAUUAAGAGCUUGAAAUGGAAAGCAGAUAAAUACCUUGUGAAUUGGUCUAUUCUACAUGUAUAAAUAUCUAAUGUAAAUGUAAGAUGUGACGAUAUAUAAUCUGUGUUAAGCGCGACCUUGUUGGCAGCGGUGACAACUGCCUGUAAUAACAGCUUAUGUAUGAAAGUCUAAUGUUGUCUGUCUUUACAAGUGCAAAUGUGGCGUUCUUAAUAAGAACAGUCUGAGUGCUCUGAGAAAUUUGUUCAUAGAUUAAUACGUAACAUUCGGAUACAACCGACUCGAUGGCCACAACGGUAAUCAUUACUGCUCAGCCGAACAUUCCGGACGUGUAGGAUAAUCCCUCUCCAUUUCCGAGCAUAACAGAACAGCGUUGACGAAAAGCUUUGAAAAGUGUGCGUAAAGAGUGUGUAUUGAAAGUGAAUCAUACUUGAUAGGUUGAAUGUCUACGCGUGAAUCCUGUUACUAGUGAAGCGGAAUUCUCGUUACCGCUGUGAAGACGUGAACCCUCUAGGACUUCAGUCAGUAGACUUUAUACUUUUUUAUCUAUUGUGUUAGCCAUUCUCGUGUACCACUACUAUUACGACAGCUAUCGAUGAUCUUGACGCCCGGAUAUCUGAUCUAUCUCAUUGCCAGUUGUUUGACGACUGCCAAUAACGUGUAAGUCAGUCGAUUUACUGAUGUUGGAUCGGUAACGUCAGCUAUUCUGUCUGCUCGCUGUUUAUAAAUAUAUGGACUGCUUGAAGCGGGACGGACGCCGAUACGACUUUGAGCAUAAGAAGGUAUAAGGAGCAUGGGUUACCUUAAUGUCAUAUGCACCUCAAUAUAAACUUCUUCCUCGAGUGUACAGAAGACAGAUUAUCUUCAUCGUUUUACCCAGAAGCAGGAACGAGGUGGCGUAGAGGUAUCGAGGAUAUGCAUAGGUGAACCCAAUCGGUCACUGGGGUCGAAGAGUCCUAUGAUCUGCAUCCCAUCGCGGGGUUUGUUUGCCAGAGACGUCAGUGACAAAGGAAAGGUCCUGUGUUGUGACGGCUAUUAGCCAGGACCGCGAGCCAAAACGGUGGGCUCGCCUUUGCUAGUUGCGAUGACGGGGCCAUCGAGUACCCGGAAAAGCCGAUUUUCCUUAAGAAGUCUAUUUGGUUCAACUCCGCCGGCGACCUUUACACAGUUCGCAGCCAGAUUUGUCGAAAGGCAAGAUGCGAGUCCCGAGGCGGUCCGACAGCAUUCGUGGAAUGCUGAAAGCGGAACGAGUGGCCAAGGUCCGGAUCCAGCUUUAACGGGUGUAGUUCAAAAUGCUCAUGGAGGAGGGGCGGUGAUUGGAAAGGGAGGCGUUAGAGAACGCACCACUGAUCAAGGAAGCCAUCGGCAGCAGCAACAAUUGCAACAUCAACUAUCGCAAGAUGCCCCGACCCUCGAGUGUCCUCUGUGUCUUUUGGAGCUAGAUCGGGAAUUCUUUCCAAAGUUGACGCUGUGCUCUCAUAGAGCAUGCUGGGAUUGUCUGCGCCGAUAUCUGCGCUUGGAGAUCUCGGAAGGUCGGGGAAACAUUGCGUGCCCUGAGUGCGCUGAAAAUGUCCAUCCCAAUGACAUCCAAAACAUACUCAACGAGGACAACGCGGCGAUGGCUAAAUAUGAAGCGUUUAUGCUUCGAAGGGUGCUGGCUACGGAUCCGGAUUCACGAUGGUGCCCGGCUCCCGACUGUACGUUCGUCGUUAUAGCCAAUAAUUGCGCAACUUGCCCCAAACUUAAGUGUCAACGGCCGGGGUGCGAUACAGAAUUUUGUUAUCACUGCAAACAAGAGUGGCACCCGAAUAUCACCUGCGAUAUGGCUAGACAACAGCGUCAGGAAAAUGGCACAGGCCUAUUCCCGCCGUUUGCGUUCGCUUCGACAUCGUCGGGGGCUGGAGCAGGCGGAAACGGCGGUGGAAAACUUUCGGGAAAAGAAGAGAUGAAAAACUGCCCGAGCUGUGGUAUGCAAAUUAUUAAGGCCGACGAUGGCAGCUGCAAUCAUAUGACAUGUGGAAUCUGUGGCAAAGAGUUCUGUUGGCUUUGUGUUAAACAAAUUACGGAUCUGCACUAUUUGUCGCCGUCAGGAUGCACUUUCUGGGGUAAGAAACCAUGGUCGCGCAAAAAGAAAAUCCUUUGGCAGCUCGGUAUGCUCGUCGGCGCUCCGGUUGGAAUCGCUCUGAUAGCCGGUAUUGCAAUUCCUGGUAUUAUUAUUGGUAUACCUGUGUUUAUCGGAAAAAAAGUCUACGCCAAGUGUCGUGGGAAGAGCGCGCUAAAGCGGAAUGCCGCGGUCACACUCGGAGUCAUUUUGUCGAUGGUGUUUUCACCGAUUGUGGCCGCCAUAGCCGUUGGAAUUGGAGUUCCGAUCCUACUUGCGUAUGUUUACGGGGUCGUACCGCUCAGCUUACUCAGAUCUGGUGGAUGCGGGGUAAAGGCAUCGUCAUCCGGAGUGAGGCUAGAGUUCGACGAGGGCCCAGGUCUCUAUGAACAGCAGGCCGAAGAGAGAGAAAAGGCGCUUGAUUCGCAUCGAGAUCAGAAUUCGCAGGAAAGGCAAACCCGCGGUAGCCAGGGCGGUCUCAGCCAUUCGGCGUCAUCCUCCUCACAACAGCAGCAUCAUCACAGGAGAACGUCGAAGACGACUAUAUCUGGCACGGAGGACCACAUCAGCAUCAGUGUCGGUGAUGUUGACUCGGUUCUGAGCGGGCGAACUCAAGAAUCUGGCGGCGGAGGAUCCUGUGCAGGUGCGAGCGGCUCAGGCCGGUUACAUACGGUCACCGUUCACAUGGAGCAAGAUCGAGCGAACCAGGACUCCACGAGAGCGCUCGCUGGAAGUCUCCUGAACUACGAUCCACCUGUCAACGAAGGGACGAAAUAGAACUGAACCGCAAGUAGCCAACGUUACGCCUAAACACCUCUGCCUUGCCCCCUUGGUAAGACAAACGAGAUGGAAAGGACAUCGUUUCUCAAACGUGAUUACCACGGCAUCGAAGACAAGCUAUUGGAGCACAGCAGACGCAGCACUUGACAUAUGGUCAACUACCCCUUUCGCUUAUAUGAGUUGUCGGUUGGUUCUAACUUCUAGCUAAACAAAUCUAACGCUAUAACAAAACUUGUCUAGGCAAACAGGAUACAGGUGUACGUGUUGUAAGGAGGUACCGAAUUCGAAAGAAAGCUGUCAAAAAAUUCAUAAGCAACUUAUCUUCUCGUCCGCUCAUCUAUCGACGAUUUGGUCAUUAAGUAAACAAACACUCAACCAUAUUAAUGAUUAGUUCGAUAUAAAUAAAUGCAGCCUUUUUUUCAAAAUUAAUAUGCAUAGACCUAGCUGUUGGAUACACCUAAACGACAGAGUUUUGAGGUCGAUAUUUCGUGAUAAUCGUUGUGUAGUCUGUGACUGUCUGGCGUAUAGCCUGGUACCGCAUCAUAUAGAGUGAUAUGGCAGAUAUCAAAACAAAACUAUUCGAAGAUAAGGAACAGCGAAAGAAGAAGCAGUAGAAGUAUGCGAUUCGCUUCGGGCACAAUGGCGUGUUGCAUUGCCAUCUCCCUUGUUGUCAUGAUAUUGCUGUCUUCGUUAAGCUAACCUAAUGCUAUGAGUCGCGUGUGCAUUUGUUAUUUGUGUAUUAGAGUUUAUACAUCCUUGGGGGCCCCACACUGUCCAUGUGUGACUCAGUAGGUAAGAGGGGUGACCUAGCUGUAGCAUGAGCGCGUGCGUAUAGGUCAUGAUGAGCCUUAAAAGGAAUGGCAAUUAAUUUUUGGCCGAAACUGACCAGCAAGGCAACAGAAUAAUGUGAGAAAAAACAGAAGCAAUUUAAAUAUGGUGGUAGUUUGCAUUCAAGAUGGUCUGUUAACCAACAAACAAUUCCCAGCGGCAAAUACUGUCAGUAGUUAGAAAAACUUUAAAGCUGAUCUACGAUGAAGGUUUAGGUCAGGCGUAAAAGUCCUAAAUUAAUUGCGAUUCGCUCAUUUGCGUAGAAAUUCGCUUGAUUUAGUCUUUGGAACGUUACUCACUAAACACUGAAUGACGUACGUGGUCAAUAUUAUUGUAAUAUUAAUAUACAUAUAGUUAUACAUUAAAUGCAGCUUCAGUCUCACUCAGCUAGUAGCAGACCCUGACUAUCUAUCCGUGGGACUUCUUGCUAGGAAGUUUUAUUUAUGACGGCUACCGCUAAAUCCUUUGUUAAUCUUGACAUAACGGAACCGUUCUGCGUUGUUGGUGGGCUAACUUACCGAAAACUACGCGAAUUACAUCAGUGCUGCUAUGAUAAAACGUAGUCGAUGGAGAAAAGGUCGCCUGCUGGGGGUCUCUGUAUAGGGGCUAAGUCAGAGAGGAUAUGGGCUUAAGUGUGUACGUAUUUUCCUUGUAUGUGGUUAUAUAUACGGAUUGCAAGUAGCAGGUGAAAAAUUAACAAUAUUUGGAAGAAUCGAAUAGCACGAAACGGUCGAUCAAGCGAAAGCUUGUGUUGUCAAUGUAUUUGCAAGAUAUGCCGUGAGUACCAAACGCUGUGUACAGAUGUAGCAGCUCACUAUAGCGCAUAUACAUUAAAUAUAUAUAUAUAUAUAUAUACAUGAAAUAAUAUAUACAUAUAUUUUUAGAAGAGUACUCAGCCAAAGAAACGCGUUCCCAUACCUUUGGGUAUGGAUAAAUCAUAAAGCACUGUACGAGUUUGCACGCACGUAAGCGUGAUUUCGUGGGCUUUUGAGGGGCAGGAGCAAAAUGAAAAAGAUGGCUUAGACCCUUAAAAGCAACAAGCGGCUUCAAAUAAGAGGGCUUACAAGUGUGGUUACGUCGUUGUGGGUAGUUUAGUUAGACCUGAUCCAGGUCACAGUACUAGGGAAGAAAAGACACCUAAAACGGAUUACAUGCACACGUCUUGGGGGAAUGAUUAGAAUAGAAUUGUUAGGUGUACCGACGCUGCGAAUCUGGUAGUCUACGACGGUGCUAAGUCGAAACUUUUGUUCCAGAUUCGAUAUAUAUAUAUAUAUAUAUUGCUGACAGACAAAAACCAUUUACGGGGUGGUGCUUCAAAGUGACGAAACGUUGACAAUGAUUAUUCCCAAUAUUAUCCCUGUCACACAUCCCAUCUAGAUGGAAAAAGAUGUGCAUUGCCAUAUGUCUCAUCGAUCUAAAUAUAUAUAUAUAUAUAUAUAUAUAUAUAUAUAUAGAAAACGACUACUGUUAAGAAUUUUGUUGGAAAGCAAAUGCCAUGAUACAAAAGUCUGUAAAAUAGUAAAAUGCGAGAAAUGUUUUUACAGUAAAAGAGGUUGAUGCAAAAAUUUAUUAGCAAAAUCCUACAAAAAAGCGUAGAAAUGUCGCGGUAUAGGAUAAUAUAACGAUGAAAAUUACGCUACGAUAUGAUGCGAUUAUAGAGGUAGCUGUAUGUAACUGAAUUAAGAAAUUUCUAUAAGCUGUACGCCUGGCUUAGUUGCGUAGCCUAACAAUAGGCGUAGCUGCUACCGCUCGGUCGUUUAACUUUACUUUGUACUUGUAUUAGCGAAAAUUUACAAAUAUGCAGAUUUUUCAUUUUGCUUCAUCCCUACCUGCCUCCUUCUUUCAUAUCUGACUUUAGCUACUGAUGUAAUAUAUAAUGAAGAAAUGUGUAGAAUCAUUAUUUGAUAAAAACAAAAGCGCCUAACCAACACGGAAGUCCAUCAGCAGGUUCAGAAAUAAUGGCUUGUAGUUUCGUUGUCAAAUGAAAACAAGUGGUUUUGCUUAAUCUGUUCGGCGUAGAAGAGAUGUGUGCAUUCAUAUCUAAAAUGUGAAUUUGAAUGUUGACUAGAUAGAAGCAAAAAAAUAGUAAAUUAUCAAACGAGCACAUCUUGGACGCUACCUCCGGGGAAGCAAGGGGGUCUCCCCCACUAUAAUUUUUUUCGAUGAUAGCACAGGUGAGCCUGUCACCAGCAUGAGCACUACAGCAGAAGCAACAAUGGCAAAAUUAUUUAACAACAACAAGUUCAAAAAACAAAAAGUGAAAACGAUACAGAAAUAGUCCAAAUGCAGGUUCCCGAAAUCCCCCGACCCAGAACGGCAAACUGAAUCAAAGGUGACUACGUUUUUUUCUAUGGUUGAAAUAAAAACAAACAGAAAAUGUAAUGUAGAAAUACACACAAACAAAUGUUUUUAUAUAUAUAUAUAUAUAUAUAUAUAUAUAUAUAUAUAUAUAUAAAGAAUUAUUGAUUAUUACGGACUAGAAGUGGUAGUAAAUGUUGUUACACAAAGAUAUACUUUAGGUCAGAAACGAAGGCAACGCUUGGGCAAUUGAAGGCCAAGUUACAGAUUAGGUUAAUACUAGGCUCCUAAGACUAAAGAAAGUUGGAAAUGUGAUUAAAAAGGUAAUUGGACGCGAAGUUGAUUAUUAAUUUUAAUGAUGAUGAUAGUGUUGUAACAACGCUAUUUGAAGACGUAAUGAGAAUUAUGUAAUAACGGUCGUGUGGAAACAAAAACAUUGUAUAUAGCGACAGAAGUGGGAAAAAUACAACUUUACCGUAAAUACUGCGAGUGAAACUCUGCGUAUUCUCAACGAGUUUUGUGUUCUCAAUUUGGUCAUAGAGAGUAUCAUCGAGGUUAAAUAAGAUGAGUAGCUAUAGUAAGACGUAGUUUAUUUUUGGCCUCGCAUGUGAUGGUAAUUUUGUUAUGUUUUUAAAUUUUUUAGCAUACAAAUAUUUCGAAUAAAACGUCACUCAGUGUAUUUUUGACGGAUUCGUCAUUCGAUAAUUCCGUCAAAUCAUUGAGUUAGUCUAGUACUUUCGAAAAGUGUGUCUGUACAUUGCUUUUUUAACCUUGUCGGAUAAAUAUUCUUCAUUGUUUCAAACGUUCACUUAGGCACUUGUUCUACGCAUAUCAAAUAUACGCUUGUAAUUUCAACUGCGUGUUUAAUCAGUAGUUAAUUAGAACUACAGGGCGUGCAAGUACUUCGGGAGCAUCAUAUCAAGUCCAGGAAGACUUUGUCGCGUGUUUGUCUUUGAAAUAGAAUUUGUUAGAUUCAAACAUUCACCCGCACAAUGAAACAUGAGGUUCUAAGUACCUGCAACAACUAUUCAAAACUGUAGUAGGUAUAAUCAUCGCUAUUACCAGUUGGAUCUAUUAAAACUUGAUGUUAUAUUUUUAUUUAGGAGCGGCAGUACUCCUCUCAAUAGGCUCUCAAGUGUGGACGUCUGUGCUUGUUUUCCAUAGAAACUCCAAACCACAAAAGACACCCAUUAUGACCUCUCGAAGAAACUCAGCUAUGCUGGACUAUAUACACCACACUGAUAACACGUGCACAUUGAUUCUAGUAACGUAGUAUAUUAUAGUCAUAUUCUCACUAAACCGCAGAUUCUUGUAUAGUCACCGUUACCUAUGCUAUGAGUUCUAGCUUGAUCUUCUAUGCAUAACGCAGGCAU